AUGGACAAUCAUCGGGAAACAUCGUCGCAUAGAGAAAUACACCAUAAUUUGCCACGUUAUAGUACUUCGAACGCUUAUCAAGAGGCUUACAACAGCGAGCACGAUAUCCGAUUGCCAGAAGAGAGAUCUUCCGUGGAAAGUGUCUCCGAGAUUGAGGAACCUGGCAUUAAUAAAAACAACAUAUAUAAUCCAUACCCGAAUGAACCGGUUUACGGCAAAGUGCUGCCAAAGAGUAACCACGCCACGCUUCGUGAGAGAUACCAACGAUUCAACGAUUACUCGGAGCUGAAUAUGCCAGAGGCGGUAACCGCGAUGCAAAAAUUACAAAGGCUGAAGGAGCUGCAGAUGAAACGAGACAUUAGCGAAAGAUACUACUCGCAAGAAAUCAAACGAUUGAUCGGCGAAUAUUAUUUCGGCCCGAGAGUUGCCUCACCGUCCUCCAAGUUCACCACCGGAACGUUGCAAAGUUCCAGUUUUCAUCCAUCUUCGGGAGGUCGGUUGAAAAACAAUCUCGAGCCAUGUGGCACAAUGACGACGAUCACGCGGUUGGACUGUGGGUGUAUUCAGGAGACGACGAGGCCAAUUUUUACGACGGCAAGGGGCCGUGUUCAAAGGAGAAAAUGCAAUCUAUCUCAAGAUGAGAAGCUUUUGAAGUUGACUUCGUUGAACCCCCAGGAACACUUGUUUUCGUCGUUGGAGCAACCUAAGGAUACGUAUCGCGCGAAAAUGAAGAAACGGUUGUCCCUGGACUCGCGAAUGUGCCCGAAGAUCUCUCCUGCCGGCGAUCAGGAGUUUGAGACGGAAAACGAGAAGAAAAACAAGGAACCGGAACAAAAGAUAUCCGAACAUAUUUCGAGAACAACGUCCCCUCAACGAAAAUUUAGCGAUACAUCAGCGACUUCGUAUUAAAAUGCAAAUU